UUAAGGCAACCCACCGUGCUGCCUGCGCCCAUCCUUGUGCUACCCUUGUGCUCAGUGAGUUCACGACUUGUCGCAUUACUUUGUGAAGAAGCAGAACUGCCGGCCCCGAAACAAAGAACCAUGGUCCAAGCUGAGACCUGGAUCCUGACCAAGCACUUUGACGGCUUCCCAAAGGACAGCGACUUUGAGCUCAAGACGGAGGAGCUCCCUGCACUCAAAGAUGGGGAGGUGCUUUUGGAAGCCGUGUUUCUCAGUGUCGACCCGUACAUGAGGCCUUUCAGUAGGUUUCGCAUGAAGGAAGGCGAUGUGAUGAUCGGAACUCAAGUGGCCAAAGUGGUGGAAAGUAACAAUCCAGCAUUUCCUGUGGGGAGCCAUGUUGUUGUUCGCUGUGGCUGGAGAAGCCACACCGUCUGCGAUGGGAAGGACCUGAUUCCCAUCAUGCCUGACUGGCCGAAAGACGUCUCCAUGUCUCUGGCUCUGGGCGGCAUCGGCAUGCCGGGACAGACGGCCCUGUACGGGAUAGAAGAGGUCUUGGGGCUCCAGGAGGGUGAGACCCUGCUGGUGAAUUCUGCCGCGGGGGCGGUGGGCUCCAUCGUGGGCCAGCUCGCCAAGAUCAAGGGCUGCAAGGUGGUGGGCUCAGCAGGCUCUGAUGCCAAAGUGGCUUUCCUCAAAGAACUGGGCUUCGACGAGGCCUUCAACUACAAAACUGUCGGGUCCCUGGAGGAGGCGCUGAAGAAGGCGUCUCCAGACGGAUACGACUGCUUCUUUGAAAAUGUGGGAGGCCCUUUUUCAAGUGUUGCCAUACAACAGAUGAAGGACUUUGGAAGAAUAGCCGUGUGUGGAGCUAUUUCCACAUACAAUGACACCACGCCCCAAACAGGCCCGUACCCCCACCUAACCAUGAUUGUCAAGCAGCUUAAGAUGGAGGGCUUCAUGCAGUCCAGGUGGGAGCAUAAGAACCCCGAGACCCUCAAGAGGCUGAUGGGAUGGUUGAAAGAGGGCAAACUGCAGUGUCGGGAGCACGUCACAAGAGGCUUUGAACAGAUGCCAGCUGCUUUUAUGGGGAUACUGCGGGGAGAAAACGUCGGCAAGGCUGUUGUUGCCGUCUGAUGUGGAUCAGUGGAGAAAAAUCAGUAUUAUUAAUAACCUUCACAUAAUUUCAUAAAUCAUACAUGAAGGACUUAACCAUAUACCUUAAUAACUAACCAGUCAUAUCAAAAUUAACAUGUGAUUUUGUAAUGUUUAGCGUUAGUUCAGGAGUUACUGUUUGACUCUUCCAUUCAUGCUUUACAAUGCAGAUGUUUUUAUGAAACUGGACCCUUCUGCUUAGGUUUUGUAUUAGAUCAGAGCGCUGUGUGCCACCUGCACGAGAAGGACAACACAAGAUUGUCGGUCUGGAGCUGCUGCUGAUGCUUUUGUACAAUAUUCACUGUAACACGAUUAACCAUGUGCUUUGCAUUCAAGGACCGAUUUUGUAUCAGCAAUAAAAUCUUCUAUUGACAUCA